GUAGGAGGUCUCAGUCACCUCUCAGUUAGUACGCAGAGGCUACGACCUCAUGGAAAGCCUACAAGUAGUGGCAGAUAGCCACUUGACUAUUGAUUUAUUGGCUGGUGUAAGAGAUGCUCUUUAUUGCGUGGGGGGCGAACUGCUGGUUGUGGCUAGCUGCACGGCGGUACCUUACCUAUAUCGCGGAGUCACCAGCGUGGGUCGAGUGCUGUUUGGCGCUGACGGUGCUCGUAGAGCGUUGAGCAGCUAUUCGAGGCAAGCGGCUUGGCCGAGAGCAGGGCCUGUUGAACGGAGCGUGGGUAUGGCGCGUAGCAAUGGCCUUUUUGGCUAUAGGCCAGACCACUUGAGGUUCGAUUGGAGUUGGGAGCCUAUGCGCGAAGAAGGGGCUACUGUGGAUGCUUGCUUAAGCUACAACAAGAGCGACGAAGUGGCUAGGCUGAGGAUGAACGUCUACGGCGGAAAGGAGCAGGAUAUGAGAGAGGACAGGAAGAUUCACGGUGUAAUCACGGAGGCUUGUGACCGAGCCGAGCGAAGCUCGAACCCGCCGGCCCCACAGGCCCAGCAGGAGGGUUCCACUGCAACUUCUGCGGGAACCCUCGACGCUGCACCAGUCCGGCAGCAAGGAGAGACCAUGACGGCCUUCCUGGCCCGCCUAAGCACUUACAUGCAACAAGUCCAAGAGGAACAGCAACGUGAGGCGGCAGCCGAAGAGGCACGUCUCAAUGCCAUUGCACACGCAGAAGAGCAACGGCGCCGGCAGCAAGCGGACGCAGCUGCCAAUCAUAAAAAAGCUCGAGGAGAUGCGGCAUCUGUCCUCAUGCAGCAGGAAGCCGCUCAUAUCGCUGCACUCCAAGCUUGGAAUGUUGAUCCGGAGGCAGCGACGGAACCAACUACGGAGGAACAGACCAAGUCAACCCUCGCCAACAUAAUGUACCAAGUCAUCCUCACUUGUAAUUGGCAACAAGUGGAGCUGGCUCGGCAGGCGCGUACCAUUACGAUGUAUGAGGAGACUCUCAAGAGCCUCCACGCCCGCCUUGACAUGCUGGAGAAGGAUGACGUGCCGCAUAGGCACAUGGCAUCAUCAAGCAUUGAUCCACCGAUCCACGAGCUGGAAGAACGACUGGAUCAUCUAGUCGCGCUUGUCGGAAAUUUCAACAGUUUCCGACAACCGACGACCAUCAGCCAGCAAAUAUCCGCUCUACAAGCGGAUCUGCGUCAACUGCAGCAGCAACCAACUGGGACCUGCAACAACGUGACGCCGAAACAAUUCAAGAUGCCGAAGUUCAGCAUCGAGAGGUUUGAUAACUACCACAAGGCGGACCCCAUCAGUUGGUGGCAAGGGUUCACCAAUGAGCUCUCCAUCCACCUGGUCCCACCCGAGUCGAAGAUCUCAGCACUUUACCUCUGCAGCACCGGUGCCAACCAAGUGUGGCUCAACCACCUGGCUCAAACCGAAGGCGUCGAAGUCUCGAAGCUUUACACCAAGAUCACUUGGGAGCGUCGAAGUCUCGAGGCUUUGCACCAAGAUCACUUGAAAGGCCAUCGUCGACGACGCUCAGGGCAAAGGCGUGAAUCGGAUCUUCAGCAUGCAUCAAGGCAGCCAGCCAACACGCGAAUGGCUAAAUGGGUGGCAGAAAAUCGUGAGGAUUCCGAAUUUGGACAUCCCUUUCGUACAUCUUCGGAACAUGCGUAUGUAGCCAGUCUUCGCGAAAAGUAUGAAGACUAUGCGGUCCAGCUGGUCCCGCCGUUGGGCCAACCUCUCCAUGUGCAAGACUCAUUUGUGUGCGCGACUUCAUCACCAUCGCUAAGUGAACCAGCAUCCUCGCCAACAUUACUCGGGGACUCGUCGGUGUGGUCUAGACUGGAGGAACUCGACCCAUUGACACCGGAGGACUUCCAAUGGUUGCCUCUUCCCCCAUCUGGUUCCUUGCCGAAGCCGUAUUGCAACGCCCUAAUGGCGGAACUACGCAACUACUUGCUUGCUGCAGUACCAGCUCCGUUGAUGGAAGACGGAGUAACGGUUGUUGACCUUCGCGAGUACCUUGCGAAGAUUGACCGUGAGUACGCCGCGCAACGGUACGAUGACACCGACGCAGUGUUACUCUACGUCCGCAUUCAUAUCGGGAAGGCGACCUGCAACGCCUUGAUUGAUUGUAGAGCUACUCGCAACUACAUCAUCCAAGACUUCAUGACCCGCGCCGGCCUGGGACCGCACGUUCGAAGGAAAUCACCACCCACGCAAGUCACGUUGGCCGAUCGUCGUACGCACAAGUCCAUUGACCGGUGCAUUGACGUCCCCGUGUACUUCGCACUGCUUGCACGCGAGGCCGUGUCCUUCGACGUAUUGGACACAAAGUUCGACAUGAUCUUGGGCAUGUCAUGGCUAGGCAGCAAGGACCACCCGGUGAACUUCUACCGCCGCACCGUUCACGUUCGUGACUGGAAUGGGGUACUUGUGCCAUGUACGGACCCCCCACCUCAUCCUUCGAUUGGUUGUCACGUGGUCUCCGCGGCAAGCAUUUGUUUGUUGCACGCCGUCCCUCCUCCCAACGAGCCAGCGGCGGAACAGCCACCAGAUCCAUGCAUUGUACAACCUCUGGACUCCUAUGGCGACGUCUUUGAAGCCCCCGCCGGAAUCGUACCGAAUCGGCCAAUUCGUCACGAGAUCAUCCUCAAAGACGGGGCCGUACCUUCGCGCGAAUGUAUUUACCGCAUGAGCGAGGAGGAACUCGAAGUGCUUCGAACGCAACUCGAUGACCUCAUUGACAAGGGCUGGAUUCGCCCUAGCUGCUCGCCCUACGGUGCACUUGUUCUCUUCGUUCGGAAGAAGAACAAGGAGCUACGUUUAUGCAUCGACUAUCGCAAGCUUAAUGCUCAAAACAUUAAGAAUGGCGGCCCGCUCCCACGCAUGGACGAUCUUCUCGAACGCUUGGGCGGCGCCAAGUAUUUCUCCAAGUUGGACCUCAAAUCCGGUUACCACCAGCUUGAGAUCCAUCCAAGAGAUGGGUACAAAACCGCGUUCAAGACACGAUACGGGCACUUCGAGUGGGUCGUAAUGCCAUUCAGCCUCACGAAUGCCCCGGCCACCUUCCAAGCGGCAAUGACAACGGAGUUUCGCGACAUGUUGGACUGCAUUGUGGGGGCAACCUCCCAUGGGUUGGAGUAUGAUGUGGGAAAUGGAGCUCAGCAUGGAAGAGAAAGGGGAUGGAAAUGUGAGAAUGUCCAAAAUGAGGUUGUGCAGGUCUCAAAAUACACGAAGGUGAACAAUGUCCAUGUAGGGGUGGGUUGUCUUACCAAGCACAGCAGGGAUGGAUACUCCCACGUGACCUCAAGUGGUCUUGUUCGGUCUACAGCGGAAUUAAAGUCAAGGUGGGAUGGUGAUACCUCUGUGACUGCCGUGUCUUGUUCUACUAUUGGGCAUGGCUGUCCAAAUCACCGUUGUAAGAAUGGCUUCCGACUGAUCACUGAACACUUGAAGAGUGAUGGAUAUCCACUCGGAGAUCUGGGUGCCAUGGAGCUGGGGAAGCCAAACGGGACCCAAGGAGGCUACAGAUGCGCUAAUCAGUGGAACACUCAAACAUGGAGGCACCAGAAGGAUGGGAAUUGGAAUAAUUUGGAAAAGAAGCAAAGAGUGGAAGGAGGUGGUGAAACUGAUUGGAGGGAGGAGCUCAGGGGGAAGUCAGAUUUGUGGCUAGUAAUGGAAGCCCGCUCGAUGAGAGAGGUCGGAACUGGGAAACCAGCCAAAGGGUUCCCUUGGCUUAUUGCAGCGCUGGCUUCAGGCAAGCAUCUCUCUGUGAUUAGCCAAGCUACCAAGCAGAUGGCAGAGAUGAUCCUGUUGGAACACAAGAUCACCAGCUCCCAGUUCACGAACUGGGAUGAUCGCUUCGUGCGACUGGAGCAUCGGGUUGACGAACUGUCAGCUCAGCAGUCCAAGAUCCUGGAUUCUAUUCAGAACUUGAUUGCUCAGCUGGCAGCCGCCAAGCUGAUUGCCCCUCAGCCCCCUCUGCUGAAACCCAAAUCGCCUCCUCCUCCUCCAUCCCCUUCCUCUCCACAUCCAUCCCAUGCUGGUUCUGUACAUUCUUCCCGGUCAUCUACCCCUUCCCAAAAGGCCACAGGAAAGGCCACCUAUGCUGCUGUGACUGCAGGAGACCAAAGAGGUCCCAAGAUCCCUGCUCCCAACAGGUUGAGGGGUGAUGACCCCAAGACCGAUGUUUGGGACUGGGCUGCUCGGACCAGAGCCUACUUGAGGGGAUUUGUCAGUGCAGAACAGACCAAGGUGGCGAUUGUUCUGGGACUGCUGGAAGGGCUUGCAUUGAAGUGGGCCACUUCAACUUCCAGCAGCCUGCAGCAGUCCAUGGAGAACUGGGCUUUUGGGCUUGGGGUAGACAAGCUUCUGCAGGCCUUGAAGGACCGGUUUGCAGACAAGGAGCGGGCCCGCAAGGCUGCUGACAGGAUUGCUCCCCUGCGACAGCAGCGGUACAGCGGCACCCUGCAGGCCUUGUUUGCUGAAUUCGAGCAGCUCACCUCCAGUCGUGGGUUGGUCAUGUCUUCUGAUGAUUUGCUGACCAACUCUGCAAGGCAGUGUCUGAGAAGUUUGUUGUUACUUUGUACAACGCUGGGCACAAGGACUGGAGGUCCUUUGGCCGUGCAGCCCUGGAAAUGGAGGCCAAGCUCCAUGUCCAGGCCCCAUCCUCUGAUAGGAGGAAAGAUGCCUUCCCCAGAGGUGGCAGAAGGGGAAAGGCAGCCUUCACUCAUGCGGGGUCUGCCUCAGGAUCAGAUUCCGAUUCCCAGCCUGAUGCACCUUCAGGUGGUAAAUCAGUAUGCUGAUCUGAUGCAGGAGCCCUUUGGGUUACCCAACCGGCCAACCAAGCAUCACAUCGAGCUGCUGCCUGGAGCGGUCCCUCCCAAGGGCCGCUUCUACAGGAUGUCCCCUGCUGAGCUUGAGGAGCUCAGAAAGCAGCUUGAGACCCUGACCAGCAAAGGUUGGAUCAGACCCAGCACUUCUGAAUUCGGUGCACCUGUUCUCUUUGUACCCAAAGGGAACGGCGAGUUCAGAAUGUGCAUUGACUAUAGGGGUCUCAAUAAGAUCACUAGGAAGAGUACUGAGCCACUUCCUAGGAUCGAUGAUUUCCUGGACAUGGUGCAGGGCUGCACAAUGUUCAGCAAAGUCGACCUCAAAUCUGGCUACCACCAGAUUGAGAUGGCAGAGGAGGAUGUCUACAAGACAACCUUCAAGACCAGUAGAGUUCAUGAGCAAGAAGAUCAAGACCCAAAAGCUCCAGGACUCAACUACGAGGAAGAGUUGUAUGCUCUCGUCUGUGCCCUGAAACAUUGGAAGCACUUUGUCCUGGGCAGGCACUUCAAGAUCUUUUCAGAUCACUCCACCCUGCAGUGGAUGAAGUCCCAGGGAGAGUUGAACGAUAAGCUGGCACGAUACAUUCAAUUCAUUGACAUGUUUGACGUUGAAUUGAAGCACAAGAAGGGCUGCGAUAACAAGGUAGCAGAUGCCCUCUCUCGUUGGCUUGACUCUUUUGCGUUGAUCUCCUCUACUCACUCCUUUGUAGAGGAGACCCGUCAGACCAUUGCUCGUCUACUGCCUCAGGACGAGACUUUUGGACCCAUUGUCAGGAAUCUGCAAGCGGAUCCUUACUCUGAACCAGGCUAUCCUCAGAGUUCAGAUUUGUUGUAUACUCGCAGCAGAGGUGAGGAGCACUUGUGCAUUCCCCAGGACCAGCGGCUCAGGACAGUGCUGAUGUCAGAGUGUCAUGAUGCCCGUGGACAUUUUGGGUUCCCAAAGUCUUAUGAAGCCUUGUCACAGCGCUUCUUCUGGAAGGAGAUGCGGAGUGAUAUGCUGCGCUAUGUGGACACAUGUGAGCUCUGUCAAAGGAAUAAGGUCCAGCGUAGACCUCCUUUGGGACUGCUCAAACCCUUACCCAUACAUGAUGGCCCUGCUGAAUCCGUGUCGAUAGACUUCACAGAUUUAGGCAAGACCACCCCUCGGGGCAUGCGGCAAGUUGUUAUCUGCGUGGACAGGUUCUCCAAAUACGCAGAGUUCAUCCCCUUGCCAGAGGUAGCUAGAGUACCGGCUGUGAGAGCAGCCUUUUCUGAGAGCCAUAGCUGCCUGUUCAUUCGCCAGAAAUGUCCAUCGGCACUGAAGACUUCAUCGCAGGACCUGUUCUUCAUCAGGGUGGUUGGCGCUGGCCUCUGGGAGGCCAUUCUGAUGUGGCGCUACUAACAGGGUGUAGGAUAGAGAGUGGGGUGUGAGUUCUGAGAGUGGCGAGAUACUGGAACAAACUUUGUUACAAUAA